AAUUUUGCAGUUUUUGUCCUCUUGUAAUUGUACUUAUCAGAAUGGAUCCAAACCCAGAAAAUCAGUGGAAAUGCAUUCAUUGCUCGCUGACGUUUAAGUACAAGACCCCAUUUGACUACCACUUUCUGAAUAAACACAACCCAAAUGCCAAAGUCGAAUGCAAGAUUUGCGGGAAGAGUUAUAAGAAUCCUGCCAGCUUAUGGUCCCACAUGUCACAAAUGCACACCACCCGGAUUCGACCUGUUUGCAAUAUUUGUAACAAUACAUUUGCGAACAAGGACAAAUUACGGAGACACAUUGACAUCAUCCACAACAAGGAGGAACGACCUCGUUUUCCGUGUGGAUUUCCUGGUUGUAAAAAAACCUUCGCGAAAAAGGGCGGUGUUUCGAAACACGUAAAGAAUAUACACAUGGAUGGCCGAGAAACCUUCAAAUGCCAACUUUGUCUGCACACUUUAAACAGUAGAGAUGGCCUUCAAAGACACAUUCGGGUUAUUCAUGAAAAUCAGAGGAAUCAUCCGUGCACAUUUUGUGACCAGAGAUUCUCCUACGCAUCGAUCUUGAGGCGUCACGUGGUGUCAAAACAUCCCAAAGAGCUGGUCCAUUCCUGCGACAAGUGCGACUACAAAAGUCACUCGGAAAGAAAUCUAGCCGUUCACGUGGUGCGACACAAUGCUGAGACCCCUGGAUAUUAAUUUUUCAAAUUCGUCACUUUUACCGAAUUGCUGAAACACUAGCUGCACAUUCAUACCUUGGAGAAGUAGGAAUUUUGUUGAAUUGUGGUUAUUCAAUUUACGACAUGAAAUUUUACAUGAUGAUAUGCUAAAUAGUUUUGAAAUGAUGUUGUUUUUUUUAAUUUACCAAGACUUUGUAAUUUUUUGAUAUGAUAAAUAUUUUCUUUUAUAUCUUCUUACAGGAAUUUCCUAUUAAUAUUGUGUAUUGCUUUACUGUUAUGAUUUAUAAAAAAUCUUACGAGUUAA